UAAGCUCACGACUGUAUACCAAUGUGGUAGUCAAAGUUAAAUCCAUCGCAAGAUCUUCUAUCGUUUGGGUUGUGAGGUUGAAUACCAACCUCAUCAACCCAGGGUAAAUAUUGAGCCGCCAAAGACCCCUGACGUGCCUCGUAACGACUACGUACUUACAUCAGUAAGUAGCAUCCGGGACCAACGGCUUAACGUGCCUUCCCUCUUACGUCCGGACAAUGAGAUGAUCAGCCUGUAAUGUCCUAACCAAAAUAGGUAUCAACAAAGUGAUUUUUGUGAUAUGUUCCUACCGGAAUUCGAACCCGGGACCUCCGGAUCGUGAGCCCAACGCUCAACCACUGGACCACGGAGGCCGGAUCGCAAGAUGAAUUAAGUACAAAAACCACACCGAACUUACUGGUAGACCAACGCCGGAGGUGAGCCGUAUCACCAUCUCUAAUGUUGAGCCAACUGUGUUAGUAAAAAGUGCAAUUAGGAUUAAUUUUAUUAACUCGAUGGUGGUAACUGAGUUAUUCACUCACUAUAAUGUGUUGAACUGGAAAGCUCAUAUGUCAUAGAUUUUAAUAUUGCCCCAUUUAUCGAUUGACACAAAAAUAAUUUAUAAUUCAAAUCAAAACUUAUUAAAAUGAAACAAGACAAACUGUUGACGUAAACCUGUCACGUAAUUCUGUCAUUGAAACUUCAAAAGAUUCAAAUCAAACCGAAUUAUGACAUUCAAAAGUAUUUCUUUACAAUAGCUGAAUAUUUGCCUUGUAAAUUCGCAAUCAAUAUAACGAAAAACAGUUGUCUAAGUCAUAUUCAAAGGUCUAACUAAUGGUGAAAAAACACGAGAAGCAACAGCGAAAGAAGUUCAAGAACCGUAUAAGAGCAGAUAUAAUCAUACUGGGAUGUAGUUUACCAGGCAUAGUGGCUGCUCAUAAUCUGAAGAAGAAGUUUGGAAACACCAUGGACAUUGUAGUGCUUGACCUAGCGAGCACCAUGCGCACCUCCACCUCUAAACUUGGCGUCGCUUUUGCUGAGGAAGACCUAGACGACAAAUGCAUGAUGAUGGAAAGCACAGCUUCAUUGGUCGAAAUACCAACAGACAUCGAAAACGUCGCGCGGUAUUACAUCGCUAAAACGGCCAGAGAGUUUAACAUGCCUCUUCCAGGGUCCAUAGUUCAUCCCGCAGCAUUCAAGACAAGUCUAAAAAAAAUGUUUCAAUACAGAAACGGUGCUGCAGUCGAAUGUUCACAGAACUUCCACGAUUUCGGCUACUUAAAUUUUGUGGAAAGAUUUGAGUUAGAACAGUAUCAGAAUCUACUCGACCAUAGUGCGCAGAAUCUCUUUCACGCAGUCAACACAGACGCCGAGACGAAGAAAUUGUUAUACUAUGACCAAACUACUAUGGAAGAUCACAUGUGCAAAGCGCUUCUACUGCCAACAUCGAGAGAAAUCAUGAGGACGAUAAUUAAAUUAGUUUGCGGGACGACUGCUAACAACGUUUCCGUCCUUUUCUACCUCCAUCAGUGCCAUCGUACUAAUAGCUGCAGGAAUCACGUCGACGGAGAUAAUACUAGGAUUCGCGAGAAGGUGGUCAGCUACUGCCGAAAGCGGCUCGCGAACAAGUUACAACAGAGUGUAGCUGAUAUCACUUUAACAACGAAGGCAAUACGGGAGAUCAGAACGUAUGCAGAUGAACAAGUUAUCCUGGAGCCAGUGAUUGGAGAGACGGACUACAUAUGUACCCUAUUAGCCAUGGCUGUAAGACCUGAUCAGCUUCGAGAUAUUCAGUUGGAGACCCAGCUUCUAUCUGAACAGCAAGCUGAGAUUACAAAACGUAUGAUACAAGGUAACGCGAAGAAAUUCUUGGUACAGUACGAAGAGAGUUUUUGGAGAAGAGAUGGUUACAGCGGCGACAUUUUGAGUGUUCGCGGUCCGAUUAUUUGGGCAAUGGAGCAGCCGAACUUGGCAGCGACUGGGAAGGUAGAUAAAUACGCGACACUGGUUGGAUAUAUGAUGCCUAGGGAUGACGUGGUGGACUCUAGGGAAGCCGUUUUGGAGCAGUUAGUGAAGUUGUUUGGGGAGGAAGCUGCAACGCCGACGGAGUAUAUUGAGACGGAUUUUGGUGAUAUUUUCGUGCCUCGCUGUGGGGACUACGUAGCGCUAAGGGGGCUGAUUAUGGAAUCCAGUCCGAAGUUUUUGGAAUGGGGAGCGUUGGAUAUAUUCGCUGAUGGUGACCUCGGGGCGGCGAUCGAAGCGGGGAACACUGCGUAUCUCCACGUGUUGAGCUGUCUGCGGCCUCAGGCUAUGACGUACGAUGACAUGGCAUUGGGUGACUUCACGGCUCGCUUUGAUAGUACCUAUGCAGGAAUGAGCGCGUCUGUCAAUAUAUUGAGCACCACACGCAUAUUAAUGUGUGGGAUUGUCCUUGUCAUUGGUGUACAAGUGCUACGAUCUAUCUUGCAGAAAUGAAAUUCUUUUGAAUAGAAUUUGGCAUUUUUAAUAAUUAUUUUUUAUUGAAGACAAUUGAAUCCUGCUUGCGACUUCUCGUAUUCAUUGUGUAUUUUAUUUUUGUAGAAUCUUUUGUUUAGAAAUCUGAUAUUAUAUUAUUUAUUGGUA